AAGUCGAUGCCGGCGAGUGUGACGUGAUAUUAAAUGGUCUCCUCAGUCUGUAAACAACCAGUAAAUCUCUAGUACACUCGGACUUCCAGCAUUCAGUCAUCCAAUCACAAUGUGCGAUGGUUCGGCGUCUUGUUCAGCCAUGUUGUGGUUUUGAAUGAGGAAGAAGCGGGAGAUGUUAUUCUUCAACGAGUUUAUAUGCAAUUUUAAGUCACGUUUAGGGCCUUUAAAUGAGUUGGGGGGUGACUCAAUAUGAUAACCGUUUUUUCGAACGCGUUGGUUGCGGCUUAUCGCACCCCUAUUGGAAUUUAAGCAUACUUCCAUAAAUUAGCCGUGCAGCUAACAGCGUUAGCUAGCAAGAUAGUUAGCAUAGGCUGCUGGCUAAGAAACUAGGUAAUUUGCAGCUAGCUAGCUAGCUAACGGUUAGCUUGUUUCGUGGGAAACUAAAAUGGUAUUUGUGAGGAGUGUUAGUGUUUGAAAUAGCGCCAGUUAACCUGCCUUAGUCGAAUGAAGUACGUUAGCCUCAUUUGGUUGGACUAUAUUGUCAGGUAGACAGUUACGGCGAUUUUUCCUUUAUCCAACGGCGUUUUUAAAACUUUUGAGCCAUGUUGAAUAAAAUCUACGAAUGGAUAGAAGCAAGCUUUGCCAAUCUUCGCAAUGGUGUACCGCCUGCGGAACACUCUGAUGCACAUCGGGCACCGGGAGAUGGUCAGAUGAGGAGGAAAAGACCAAUUGAAUGUUUGGAAGAUGGGCAUAACGUUGAUCAAGACGGCUUAAUGAUAAAGAAAUCUCGAAUGGGGGAUCUUAUUGACACGGUCAAGAUCGCAGCUGAAGGAGUUAAGACUCAUAGCUCCAGUGUGGCUACAUGGAUGAGGAACAACGUGAGCCCUACCUUGAGAAAUAUACUGCCUGCCUCCCCUGGUCCUCCACCUGGAGAACCCAAACCCUCAACAUCAUCAGCAGCCGCGUGGGCAGAGAGGCCGAUUGUUGAAAGAAACUCUUUGGAUGAGACGUUUACUGCUCCCUCCACCACGUUGACGUGGAAAACAACCAAAUCAGAAUGCUUGCGUAUAGAGAAAUCACUUAUGGGAUCGAAAGUCUAUAGGCGACAAGUGUGCAUGAGUCCUACGCAUCGUGAACUGCCAAAAACAAAUGGGCACUCAGUUAGCUUGCCACCUACAAUCACCCCUGAACUGCACCCUUCCCCACGGUUGGGCAGGCCCUUGAACCUCAGAUCAUAUGGAACACCAAGUUUGUUUAGUGGAGUGGCAAGCAGCUCCUGCACCAGCAUGUAUGAGAAGACCUUUCCCAUUAAAGUGGUGCAGAGCCCUACACACAGCACCUCAUCUGGCCGCAUACAUGGUGCCAGGACCCGCUGCACAGCACAGGAGUCUGUUCGUGAGGAGGAGAAGGAGGUCUACAGGCAGCUUUUGACCAUGGUCUCUGGUGGUCAGUCGUCUUUCCAUCACAACGGCAGCUCACACGGCAUUGUGAGGUCACACAGAGAUUUCACCAGCUUCCUGACCACUAGCCGCAGACUGCUCCAGUUCUCGUCUCCUACUGGGUCAGCAGCAGGAGAAACAUCAGAUGCACCCAGCAGCUCCCCCAGCCCCAGGGGCAUGUCUAGCCAGAGCUCCAGCAACCUUCCCAGCCCAGUGGGAGCCUCCAGCAGGCCAGGGACCCAAACAUGGUCUUUGGACACGGACCUCAGCUCCAGCAGAGCAGCUACUCUUACAUCAGCUCCCUCCCCAUCUGCUCUACAGGAUAAUUCCUCUCAGGACACGCAAUCAUCAGUUCAAGAUGGCGACUCUGUGAUUAUUGUAAAUGAGCAACAGGGUAAAAAGCAAGAAAACUCAAGUGUGCCGUGUUUCCAAGCUGAGUUAUGGAUUAAAGAAUUAACUAGUAUGUAUGACUCUCGGGCGAGAGAAAGACGGAGACAGAUAGAAGAGCAGGAGGCUCUGGCUGCCCAGCUACUGCGACAACGCCUGUCUGAAGAGAGGCAGCGAGGCCCGGAUGUGGAGGUUCGUGUUCGAGUUCCAUUGGAGAAGGAGGUUCCUUUGACUCUUGUGAUAGAAGAACCAAAACCUUCGGAAGAGAGGCCAGAAUUCCCUGAACUCACAGAGGAAAUGGAGGCUGAGGUGAACAGGGUGCUAAGAGGAGGUAGUUCUCAUGAUGUACUAAGUGAAGGUUUUGGUCUCAGCCUUACACGCAAGGACCUACAGACCCUCAGCAACCUCAACUGGCUCAACGAUGAGGUCAUCAACUUUUACAUGAACCUGCUUGUCGAACGUAGCAAAGACCCCAGCCUGCCAUCUGUCAAUACGUUCAGCACUUUUUUCUAUCCCAAACUGUGCAGCAGUGGUUACUCUGCUGUCCGUCGCUGGACCAAAAAGAUGGAUAUCUUUUCUAAAGACAUCCUUUUGGUUCCUGUCCACUUGGGGGUGCACUGGUGCCUCUCUGUGGUCGAUUUCCGCAAAAAGACUAUCCUGUACUUUGAUUCUAUGGGAGGAAACAACGAUAAAGCAUGCAGAAUAUUGUUUGAAUACCUGCAACAGGAAAGUAAGGACAAGAAGGGCAAAGAACUGGAUACCUCAGGCUGGACUCUGCACAGCAAAAGACGAAAUGAAAUCCCACAGCAGAUGAAUGGUAGCGACUGUGGAAUGUUCACAUGCAAAUAUGCAGAUUAUAUUACCAAAGACAAGCCAAUCACGUUCACACAGAAACACAUGCCGUACUUCAGAAGAAGGAUGGUUUGGGAGAUUGUGAACCACAAGCUGUUGUGAUGUCAGUAUGAGGACUGUGAACUCGUAUUGUAAGAUCACCAUGACGGGAAAUGUGAGUCAUAACGAUGGCUGAGCUCCGUUCAGCAGCGGGAUCCACUUACAGUAGUCCUGUUCCGGGAUAGACUUGCACACCAGCUCAUCAGAUCAGGAACCAGCUCUACUACUCUGCAUCCUUUCAGCCCUCAGCUGAUCUUGGGAUGAUGCUGGAGCACCAAGCACUGCCUCUCAGUACUUUACUCCUCUUAUUGUUGGGUUUUUUUGGGGAGGGGGGGUUUGUGCGCUCGUGGAGCAUUAGUUUAGCAGCUGAAACACUGUGUGUUUCGUAUUGCCCAGCUCGAAAUGUUUUUGAAACCACACUUGUACUGACUUAAUACAUCCAUACUCUGAGCUGCAAUGUUCAGUCUGAUGCAGACGUACAAAGUUUACAUGUUUUUGUCUUACAGGGAGAUUAGCACAUGAUGCUGCAUCAUUUUUAUAAUGACAGUAAGACUAUAUUUUGGUGCCAUUGUCAAUGAUUGAUGAUUUUGUUAUGAGCAAAGGAAAACUGACUUUACUAUGAACAUAUAAACACCCAAAAAACUGAAGUUUGAAAGGCGUCUAGUCUAAAACUCUCUCUUUGUAUUUGGACGUGAGGCUUGUUACGUUUUUUUCAAAGUUGUUUGUUUUUUUUUUCCAUAAUACGAACAUUUAAUCUGGAAAGGAUUAUUUUUGUAAUUUCUUUGAUUAAAAUGCACAGAAGUCUUCAAAUAUGACAUUGCCUCAGAGUAUGAUUUAUAUUAAAAACAUAAUGUUGUCUUUUUUUUUUUUGCCACUGACUUCCAAGUGUAACAAAACGGUCUUCGUUGCACCCAAAAACUGCAGGGUAAAAAGUUUUGCCAUUUCAUUCUUACCCAUUAGUGUUGAUGAAAGAUUGUAAAUUAAGGGUUAAAGUCUAUUUUAUGUAUCUCAAAGUCUUUUUUCAUUUGACAACUUUUAGGCGUAUUUGGUAUAUUUUGAACUUUGUACAUACUUAAAACACAUACAGCCUCUUGAAAAGUGUAAUAUACUUUUUCUUUAUGUAUUUCCUAUAUUUUUUAUCUAGAUCCAAGUCUGUUUUAGAAAUAAAUUCUCAUGUAUUGUGACUGUUCUUUGUGUAUUACCUCAACAUCAUCUGGGUGUGAUAUA